UUAGGCAGGACAUGGGAGAAAAAUCAGCCGGUGGUUGAGAUAUGAAAAUUGUUUCGUUUAAAAAGAAGCCGUUGCUCAUCUUUGGCCUUGUAUGCUUUCUUGCGGGAGUACUUCUUACCAUAUAUGGACCUGUCCUCCUGUCACUCCUCAGAAAAGGAACUGGGCUUAGUCUUGGCGCUGCGGCCUCAUCUUCGCAAAAAAGCAAUGAUGCAGAUUCUCCCGUGCCUCCUAAAGUGAAUAAUCAAGCCAAUGUGGUUUUACCAGCCAAAUCUGAAGACCAAGCCAAUGCCAACGAAGAACAGAAAAGGGCAUGGGAACAUGAAGAAGAACUUCUGAGAGAUGUUCAAAACAUUCUCAAGAAAGAUCCGGUGGUUCUCAAAUCGGACAUCGAGAAAGACAAGCAGGCCCACGUGGAGGUAGAGAAGAAGAAGGAGGAAGAGUCUAAACUGGAGAAGGUGAUAGAGCCAGUACAUUCGGAGGGUGGACAGGCCGGUGAAGGUGUCCCCUCUGACCAACAGACGAAGGAGAGGCAGGACUUCGUACGCAAUAUGAUGAAACAUGCUUGGGGUGGCUACAAGCAGUAUGGCUGGGGAGCGAAUGAGGUUCGACCCGUUUCCAAGAAGGGUCACUCGGCAGGCAUCUUCGGAUCCGGCAACUCUGGUGCUACAAUAAUAGACGCAAUAGAUACUCUGUACAUCAUGGGACUGUCCAAAGAGUACGAGGAGGCAAGAGAGUGGAUCGCACUCAGUUUCAACUUCAAUCCAACGGGGGAUGUGUCUGUGUUUGAGACCAACAUCCGGUUCAUUGGGGGUCUUCUCUCCAUCUACGCACUCACCGGCGACAAACUUUUCCGAGUGAAGGCGGAGGAUGUUGCUCGGAAGGUUCUGCCGGCGUUCAACACCAACACAGGCAUCCCCAAGUCACUCAUCAACCUCAAAACGAUGAACACCAAGAACUACCCCUGGGCAGCCGGCGGAUCUUCCAUCCUGUCCGAGUUCGGUACCCUCCAAUUGGAGCUAGACUACCUCUCCCACGUGAGUGGAGACCCCGUGUUCCGCGAGAAGGUGGACAAGAUCAACAAACACAUCAGAUCUAUUAAGACUGACACGAACAUGUACACCAACUAUCUCAAUCCCAACACGGGAAAAUGGGGCUCAGCAAAACCGGCCAAAAGUUCCAAAACAACCAGCCCCCAUUACUCGGUUGGUGGGUUGGGUGACAGUUUCUACGAGUACCUUCUCAAGGGUUGGCUCCUACACUCGCAAACAGACACAGAUCAACGAGAGAUGUAUGACGCGGCAGCUUCUGCAAUCAAGGAAAAGCUGGUGCAGAAAAAAGAGAAUUUAGUCUAUGUCGCUGAAAUGCGAGGCAACAGGUUGACCCAUAAAAUGGACCAUUUGGCCUGUUUUGUGGGGGGAAUGUUUGCUCUUGGGGGAUACUACAAUGUGCAUCAGAAUAAAGGGUCGACUGCAGUGGACAAAGCGAAGAAUGAGGAGUUUAUCAAGUUGGGUGCAGACGUCACUAACACCUGUCAUGAGAGUUACACUAGAACAGCGACCAAGAUUGGACCUGACUCGUUUCACUUCGAGGGCAACAAUUUGGCCACUCCCACUAAGGCGAAUGAGAAGCAGUACCUGCUGAGACCAGAAGUGGUGGAGUCCUACUUUGUGCUGUGGAGGACCACACAUGACCCCAAGUACAGAGAAUGGGGCUGGGAGGCGGCACAGGCCAUAGAGAGACACUGUAAGAAGGAGGCGGGUUACUCGGGUAUCCGUGACGUCACAAAUGUGAACACAGGAGUGGACGACGUGCAGCAAAGUUUCUUCCUGGCAGAGACCCUCAAGUACCUCUAUCUACUCUUCUCGGACGACUCUCUAAUACCACUGGACCACUGGGUAUUCAACACAGAGGCACACCCGAUUCCUAUCCUGCCAUCAUAGCACCGACCUCAGAUCCUCGCGCUAAGAUUCCUCAACUUCAUACUCCUCUAAUGGCAGAGUACACUGAUGCACUGAAUGAGUUCCUUCGCCUCAUUCUUCAGCACACCAAUCAGCCUAUGGAACCCACCCUACCUUACCCUCAUAACACAAUAUGCCUAUGCUUAAACGAGGCCAGUGACACGAAAUGAACUACGCUAUAAAUGAUUGUAUGCGUUUUAUUUAUUGAAAUUCUGGUUUACGAAAUAUCCACACAAUUCCAAAACCCCUGUAUCCUUUUUUCUCGAGCAAAAAAAUGGUUGCGAUGAGAAGUGGGUUCGGUAAGUCUAUUUGCUCGAAAGAAUUGAUAAAUUAGAAUUUGCUUCUUGUCACUGGAUCCAAAAUUCGCUACACGCGGUGCCACUAUAACUGUACAUUUUAAUUGUAGAUUAUAUCUUCAAUUUUUUCUAUUUAAUUUGAAUCAUUUGAAAUUCCAGUUAAAUUACUUAAUAAGAGUCAUCCUUAUCUCAUCAGCGCAUGCUACGCGAAAUUGAACUGUUACGUAGCUGCUAUGUAAACAUGUUUAUAUGAAUAUUUUUUUAUAGUAUCAAUUUAAUAAAUUGUUUUCUCGUUAUCAGAUUUCUUACCCAAAAGAAGAUUUGAGUGUCACAAAUUAUUUUCUCGAAUGGGUUGAAUUGGUUUGAAUACUGUUCGUUUGAAUUUAUUUUGAUGAAAACUGGUUCUUAUUAUCUCAUAUUUUUGCUCUUCAAUUAAGGUCAAGUUAUAUUUUAUAUAUUAAUUAGAGUUUAUUCUUAUGGUUGCUAUGAAACGUUUAGGUGUAUCAACAAGAAAUUGCUGUGUUGUUAAAAUAUAUCUUGUUAUUAAUAAUAUUUUAUUAGAAAAGUUUUAGGCAUUUUUCAGUUUUUUUUUUGCAUCUAGCUCUACUGUGUUAUUGAUCGUGUUCACUUGCCCAUGCUCAAAGUAAAGAAUUUAAUUAAGGUAUCAAAAUAUUUAGCGAAGGCUGGGAACCAACGCUUGUUUGAAGAUGAUUUACUGAAAGAAGCCGAGUGAUUUAAUAUAAGAACCAGUUUUCUAUAAAAUUGAAUUGUAAAAAAGUAAGUUCUUCGUACUUAUAUUUUUAGGACAGUUUUCAAAUGUGUGUUUUGUGAUUUAGACUUAAGAGCUGUGUUACUACUUCCUAUAAAAAUUGCAUAUCGGCAGUAAAUAUGAAAUUAGUCUGUCGAUUAAUACUGAAAAUAAAUUAUUAUCAUUCG